GCGGCCCUGGCCCGGUGCCCGCAGGAGGAGCCAGGCCCGGCCCCGGUGUCAGUCGCGGCGAGCGAGCGGGCGGCAGCGGCCAUGUCCUUCUGCGCCUUCUUCGGCGGGGAGGCGUUUCGGGGCCACUUCGAGCCCGGCAUUUACGUCUGCUCCAAAUGCGGUUAUGAGCUGUUCUCCAGCACAGCAAAAUACCAGCACUCGUCUCCGUGGCCGGCCUUCACUGAAACCAUUCAUGCCGACAGUGUGGCCAAGUAUGAAGAGCGGCCGGGCGCCUUGAAGGUGUCCUGCGGCAAAUGUGGUAAUGGGCUGGGCCAUGAGUUCCUCAACGACGGGCUGAAGAGGGGGCAGUCUCGCUUCUGAAUAUUCAGCAGCUCGCUGAAGUUCAUCGCUGCAGACAAAGCAGAGCAGGCCUUUAAGAAGUAAGCGGGCUGCUGGACUCACUCGCUGCUUAUAGUGGACUCCUACAAGCUACCUAUUGUUUCCUGUGAUAACGGUUUGGGAUCAAGUGCCUGUGUGCUCUAAAUGAGACUCUAGUGAAGCAAAGAUCCUCCAGGCUUCUGCAAUACAACACCUCCCGUCAGAGAUCAGUGCUGGAUGCUGGGUGCUGGUUUGUCGGCUGGGAACAUGAGGUGUGGGGAGCAGAAGGGAAAUGGGACACUGAUCUCUGUUUGCCUUUGCUCUGUCAGGUGGGUUAUCUCCUCCUUAUAGCGAAUGUUGCACAAUGUGACAACUUCUGCUUUGAACCAUCUGGUUGCAAACUUGUACGUAGUUAGGGCCCUACCAAAUUCACGGUCCAUUUUGGUCAAUUUCACGGUUAUAGGAUUUAAAAAAUUGUGAAUUUCAUGAUGUCAGCUAUUUAAAUCUGAAAUGUCAUGGUGUUGUGUCUGUAGGGCUCCUGACCCAAAAGAGGGUUGGCGGAAGUCACAGGGUUAUUGUAGGGAGAAGGUCAUGGUAUUGCCACCCUGACUUCUGCGCUGCUGCCUUCCUUCAGAGCUGGGCACCUGGCCAGCAGCUGGCGCUCUCUGGCUACCCAGCUCUGACCACAGUGCAGAAGUCAGGGUGGCAAUAUUGUGAUCCCCCCUACAAUAACCCUGCACCCCCUGCUGCCCAGGUCCCCUUUUGGGUCGGGAUCCCCAGUUUGAGAAACACUGGUCUGCCCUGUGAAAUCUGUACAGUACGGGGUAAAAGUACACAAAAGAUCAAAUUUCACAGGGGAGACCAGAUUUCAUGGUCCGUGACUUGUCCCCUAAACGUAGUGAAUUCGGGGGAAGCAAAUGCUGUAACUCCUUCUCAUCCAUCUGACCCUACCCCCAGCUCUCCCAUGUCCCAAAACAGCCAGCCUCUGCCAGUACCAGCUACUGAAUUCCUGCUCUCCUGUCCAUUAUAAGUAGCGUGCAUGAUGGGUGAAAUCCUGGCCCUCUUGAUGUCAAUAGGAGUUUUGCCAUUGUCUUCAAAGGAGCCAACAUUUCACCCUUUAUUUCCAGAAUGAAAUACGGAGAUAAUGGGUGGAGAUUCGGAGCUCUUAUGCCCAGAGUUCAGGAGGGAGUGACGCUGGAUUUAACUGAGAUUCGAAUCUGACCCCAUUCUCACAUGCUGUUUUCUGGUCUGGGAUCAUGGUAUGAAUUGCCCUAGGUAAACCCUUCCAGGAUGGUUAGGGUAAGGAUGUUUGGAUGAUCCUACCAGAUAACGCUCUAGGUAUUUUAUCUGUUUUGCACACAAAAGAAAUAAUUUUAGAAGAUGAUUUUAUUUUAUUCUGCAUUGGGCCUGAUUCUGAUCUCGCCGUGUGCUGGUUUUAUUACUGCCUUAGCAGAGUUAUUCUUGAUUUACACCGGAGUAAUGGAGCUCAGAAUUGGGCCCUUUCAGCAAAAACUUGCGUAACUCAGGCUUUGGGAAUCGUGUGUGAAUUACCUCUAGAUUCUAAAGGGCUGUUAUAUUUAUUUCCCCUUGAAUCAGCACCUCAUCCUCCCCUUCGCCACACUGCCCAUCGCCGUUCCCUUGGGCUGGAAUGUGCGGAUCUUCCUUCAAACCCUAGACCCUCGUUUGUUCCUUGAUCAGUCCACAGGGACACCAGUACAAAUGCACGACGGGGUUGCUUUCUCCUCCUGGAGUCUCUCCGGCUGUCUCCCUGGAGGGGCUCCAUUCUGCUCUCAGUGACAUUAGUGUAACCCCGGAGUAACUCCGUUGGUGGAGGUGGAUUUAUGCCACAUUAAGAUCCUGAUCCUACUGCCACUGAAGCGGGCGGCAAAACUUCCACUGACUUUGGUGGUGUAGGAUCACCACUGACCCUAAGUGAGAUCAGAAUCUGCCCCCCAGCUGGACUGGUGCAGCUCCAAGGGCCAUCUUGAACCUGCAUAGCUGACUGUAGAGCUCCAGGAAGCCCCCCUUUAACCACGGCAGCCCUCUUAUGGAUCGAAGAUUUGAGGUGCACAGUGUCAUGAUGAUUUACAGUGCAAUAGGAACUGGGUCCACCCCCAGUGGGCAGAGCACUAAGGCACACUGAUGGCAGUAUUACGGUUCAGCUGCACCGAGGGGCACUUUACAAGCUGCAGUUUGCCUGCUGAGGUGCAGCCCAGGGGUGGAGGGGAGGUGACAGGGACACCGUACAAAGAACGGGACAUCCCAGCUUAGCACUGGGCCUUUGCGGCUGCUUUGUAUCUGCCUCUGUAAUUGUUGAACUGAUAAUAAACCAUUGAUUCAUUGUC